AUGGGAAAUUCAAACACCAAAGAGUCCCGACCGUCCGAUCCGGGGACUGACUAUCGUCAAACCCAGUCAGCCUAUCUCAAUACCUCCGGUCCCCGCGAUGCACACAGCGACCGCCCCAGCUCGAGGAGGCAAAGCCGCUUCAGUAGGGCAGAUCUCAAUCUGCUCGGCCUCGGAGCUGCCGGAUCUUCAAGCACUAGCGCCAGAGAGGAUGCUCCAUACGAGCGAAGGGAGACAAGACAAGAGCGCGAGGCUCGCCGCUUGGAAAGGGAGCGCGUUGCCAGAGAAAAGGAACGGGAGCGGAGUAUGAAUGAAGAACAUGUUGACGGCGGCUACCUCGUAACUCUUGGAACCUACACUGGUACCGAGGAUUUUAGCAAGCCCAUGGUCCGUCAGUUGCAGAUUGAGCGCCGUCUUGCACCCUUCUGGCGGGGCCUUAACGACUACUCCGACAACUGGACCGAGUAUCAGCUAAUCUGCGCCGGGCGAGGUCUCCCCAUCCCCGCGGCUGACGAACAGCCUCCCCCCGAGUUCAUUCCUUCGGCGAACAGUCCCGUUUCACCCGCCGAGUCUUCGCAGAAUCUUACCAAUUUAACCGUCCCUAUCGGCCCUCGAUCUCUGUCCGUAGGUUCCGACCGCAGCGGUUCAGGGCCUGGCUCCGGUAUUUCUUCACCCAACGCUGCUCAGCAGCAACGAAGCAGUUCUCCCUUCAAGCCACGAGCCAAGGCCCUCGCAGCAGCUCUGAGCGGAGGCGCUCGGAACAACUCGCCAGGCGAGGCUGCUCCUCGCGAAAUAAAGCUCCCUAACGAUCCUUUCGUCAAUGGACAGCCUCUAGAGGUCUUCCUCUACAAGGAUGCCACCGAGUGCCCCAUUUGCUUCCUGACUUACCCACCCUAUCUCAACCGCACUCGUUGUUGCGACCAGCCCAUCUGCAGUGAAUGCUUCGUCCAGAUCAAGCGUGCGGACCCCCAUUACCCCGAGCACCACGGAGAACCCAACGAGCAGCCGAACCCGGAGGAAUCUCCAGAGAUGUUGAUUUCCGAACCUGCGACGUGCCCUUACUGCCAGCAGACCGAAUUCGGCGUUACCUAUGAUCCUCCUCCUUUCCGCCGUGGUCUGUCUUACGCCAUCACGAGCUCAUAUCCGUCGCAGGGAACUGCCAUGUCGUCGCAAAGCUCCUUGAACUCCACACUCUCUCCCACCUCGCCGACCCCUGGUAGGCGUAGAGCCCAGAGCUUGUCCGCCAACGCCCCGAACGUCAUCACCACCGAUCGCGUACGCCCUGAUUGGUCAACGAAAUUGGCGGCACAACGAGCGCACCAAGCUCGCCGGGCCGCCGCAGCAACUGCCCUGCAUACUGCUGCUUUCCUUAUGGGCAACAACGAGCAGCAACGCGGCUUUGCCUUUACAAGACCUGGACGCUUCAGCCGACGCAACACUGGCACCCACACUCCUUCCGGGCCCCCUGCCGUACAGGUGGAAGAGAGCCCCAACCGCAACCCUGAAACUGAAGCCAGCCCAACCGGGCCCGAGCCAGGACCGCGAGGGUCCUCUGGCCGUGGGCCACUUAAUAACAGACGAAGCAGAAUGGAAGAGUUGGAGGACAUGAUGUUUAUGGAGGCCGUUCGCCUUUCCCUUGCUGCCGAGGAGGAGCGGAAACGCAAACAGGAGAAGGCGGAGCGGAAGGAGGCUAAGAAGAGGGAGAAGGAGGAACGGAAGGCCCUUAAGAAGCAGGAUCGGCAGAGUGUCUAUGGCCCUGGACAGAGCUCUGCUAGCGGAAGUAGCCUGUCGCUCGGCCUUGGACGACGUCGGGGAAAUAGCACAACCAGCAACCUCCGAGUCGAAGCGACAGUGCAGGGAGCUCAGUCAACUCCCGCGAGCGCCAGCGCCGAGGCGUCUCCUGUCGCGGCAUCAAGCACACCGGGCCCCACUUCUGCUCCCAGUUCGGCUUCCAACGUCAAGGGCAAGGCCGUCGAGCGCCCGGCCGUUGAGACGCAGUCAUCCGAGAGCAGUUUUCAAAGCACCUCUUCUACCCCUUCGCUGCCUAUUCCGGCACCCAGCCGCGGCCCUUCCCAUCUUAGGCAGAUGAGCAACGCGUCGUCGAUUUCAUCGUCUCUUGCUGAUAGCCACAACGGAAGUUACACCAACCAGGCGUAUCUUGACCCCCGGGCAAGUGAACUGAGUGUUGGCGGCCGAAGUGAGGAGGGUGACCGUGACAACACGGAGCCGAUGUUUAACUUUAGAAGUUUGGCAGAGAUGGUAGGAGUUGAUAUCGAGAACGGCGAGGCAAACCAGACCGAGGGCGGUGAAGAAUCUGGCAAUGGACAACAAGGCGCGGCGUCGAAGAAAAAGGCCGAGGUUGAAGACGAACCCGAGGCUGAGCAGAUUGAAGAUGCUCAGGUCGAGCAACCAGUUCAGACAAAUGUGGGCACAUUGAAGCCACCGCCCACAAUCCCCGAGGAGCCUACGGACGCAGUUAGCAAGGAGAACGCUUCUCCUGCAAGCGAGGCAGCAACUCCCGAGGUUACAAUCACCCCGGUCACUCCAGCUCCUGCGGCAGACGAGGACAGUGAGACGAAGAGACUGGGCCACGAUAACGUGGUAGAGAGGUCAUCCGAGAUUACGCAAUGA